AUGAGUGAAGACGUCUCAGCUUUCUUGGCUAGCAAAAAAGAGGAAGACCCAGCAGAAGAAGUCGAAAAUCCAGAAGAAGAAGUCAAAGGAGACUGGAAAGCUGUUGACCUUCCUGAAGUCGAAGUCGUCACCGGCGAAGAGAACACAGACCUUAUCUUCAAAACCCGUGGCAAGCUUUACAGAUGGGCUGAAGAGCAAUGGAAAGAGCGAGGAACAGGCGACGUCAAGCUUAUUCGUAACAAAGAAACCAAAAGAGUAAGUCUUGUAAUGAGACAAGAUAACACCAAAAAAGUAGUCGCAAACUUCAUAUUAGAAGAAGAGCCUCUUUGCAACUUGGUACCGCACGCUGGAAGUGAUAAAGCCUGGCUGUGGAUUGCCCACGACUUCAGUGAAGGCGAGCGCCAGAGAACAAAAUUCGCGAUGAGACUGGGGACACCAGAAAAAUCCCAGGAGUUUAAGAAAGCUUUUGACGAUGCCAGACAUUUCAACCAUUGUGUUAGAAGUGGAUUAGAGUGUGCUGAAGCACCAGUUAUCGUGGAAGAAGCUACUAAUUAA